AUGGCAGAUUACAUGGAAAGAGAACCACCACGGAUGAUCACUUUAAUGUUAAAAGCGUGCGUAUUACUUACCUUGUUGCCAAUUAUCUGCAUUAAACAUGCCAAUUCGGAAAAUACACUUGUUUCAAGAGAAACUGUAGAAAUUAAUGAAAAUCCAGGUUUUAUAAGCAUUGAUUGUGGAUCAACAACCGAUUACUUGCAAGAGGAUACCGGAAUUUGGUAUAAAACAGACAAAGGAUUUGUGGAAACAGGAGAGAAUAUUCAUGUUAACUUAAACUUUGAUUACAUUGGGAAACAAUUGACCACAUUGAGAUGCUUUCCAGAUGGAGAUAGAAAUUGCUAUACGUUGAAACCAAAAGAGGGAAAAAAUAAUAAAUAUCUCAUUAGGGCUUUAUUUUCUUAUGGUAAUUAUGAUGGCAAAAAUGAAACCCAAUCUUUUGACCUGCAUCUUGGAGUCAAUCUUUGGAGAAAAAUUAAUUAUACAACUAACGAUGAUUACCAUGUUGUGGAGAUCAUUCACACUCCUUCAACUGACACUAUAAAUGUGUGCCUUGUAAAGACUGGUCCAACAAUCCCUUGCAUUUCUUCAUUGGAAUUGAGACUUUUGAACAAUUCAAUUUAUCAAAAUGAUGAUAUAGUCUCCACAAAUGAAAAUGCUCCACUACCUCUUUUGCAACUUGAUGUUAGGGUUGAUGUUGGAUUCUCGCCAUGCACUUCUUCUUCGUCCAAGUAUAAUGACGAUGUGUAUGAUCGGAUGUGGUCGUACGACUGUGGUUUUUCCGCCUACAAUCAAACGGACGAGAAACUUUCAAAUGGAAAAAAAAGAAAAAUAAAUAUCACUCUCAACUCACAAAAUGUACUAUCUCAGCCACUAGUUCUUGAUUACUUGAGGCCAGUUACUCUCAACUUCAAAACUCAAAAUGGUGUUUUGUUUAACAUUAGCGCAACCUCAGAUUCAGAUGCUCCUCCUAUACUCAAUGCUUUCGAGAUCUAUCGAUUGAUAACCGAACUUAAUUCACUGACACACGCUCAAGAUGUUGAUGCAAUCAUGGAUAUCAAAAGCUCCUACAAGAUCGAUAGAUUGAGUUGGCAAGGAGACCCUUGUCUUCCUAAGCAAUAUGCUUGGGAAGGUCUAGUUUGUGAAGGUGAUAUCAUCCCAAGGAUCACAUCUUUGAACUUGAGCUCAAGCAAACUGACAGGGGAGAUAAAUAUAUCGCUCUUAUAUCUUUCAGAAUUAGAAUUGUUGGAUUUGUCACAUAAUAAUUUGGAAGGACCUCUCCCAGAUUUUUUGGCACAGUUGCCAAAGUUAAAAGUUCUCAAUCUAACGGGAAACAAGCUUUCGGGUCGAAUUCCAAAUGCUCUCAAGCAAAAAGCAGAUGGAACUUUGCAAUUAAGCGUGUCCGACAAUCCUAAUAUUUGUACAUCCGGUUCAUGCAAAAAGAAGAAGUUUGUUGUACCACUUAUUGCAUCAAUUUCAUCAUUAAUUAUUGUAAUCCUCUUAAUCUCUCUUGGAUUUUGGACAUUCAAAAGACUAGAAGUUGCACAUUCUAACCCUAAGAAGAGAGGUUCAUUUGUAUCAAAACAUAUAGCAUUCAGUUACAGUGAAAUUCUGAAUAUUACUGACAACUUCAAAACUAUUAUUGGAGAAGGAGGAUUUGGAAAAGUUUAUCUUGGUGUUCUGCAAAAUCACACCCAAGUUGCGGUUAAGAUACUUUCACCAUCUUCCAUGCAAGGUUAUAAGGAAUUUCAAUCAGAGGUACAACUUCUAUCAGUUGUUCAUCAUAGGAAUUUGGUCUCUCUUAUUGGGUAUUGCAAUGAAGGUGAAAUCAAAGCAUUGAUUUAUGAAUACAUGGCCAAUGGAAAUCUCCAUCAACAUUUAUUUGUGGAAAAUUCAAAUAUCUUAACAUGGAAUGAAAGACUAAACAUUGCAGUUGAUGCAGGACAUGGAUUGGAUUAUCUGCAUAAUGGAUGUAAACCACCUAUAAUGCAUAGAGAUUUGAAGCCUUCCAACAUAUUACUUGAUGAAAACAUGGAUGCUAAGAUUGCCGAUUUUGGUCUAAGUAGAACUUUUACUAAUGAUGAUGAUUCUCAUGUAUCCACACGUCCUGCCGGUACAUUUGGUUAUGUUGAUCCAAAAUUACAGAGAUUUGGAAAGGCAACUAAGAAGACUGAUAUCUACAGUUUUGGAAUAAUUCUCUUUGAGUUGAUCACUGGCAGAAAAGCACUAGUAAAAGUAUCUAAUGAAUACAUUCACAUACUUCAAUGGGUUAUUCCCAUUAUUGAGGGAGGAGAUAUUCAAAAUAUUGUUGAUCCAAAGUUGCAGGGAGAAUUUAGCAUCAAUUCAGCAUGGAAAGCUAUAGAGAUUGCCAUGUCAUGCACUUCACCAAAUGCAGUUGAAAGGCCAGACAUGAGCCAAAUAUUAGCAGAUUUAAAAGAAUGUUUAUCUUUGGACAUAGUUCAAAGAAACCCUCAAAACCCAAAUGCAAUUGAAGAAUUGGUUUCAGUGGCUACUAUAUCAGAAACCACUCUUUUAGCUAGAUAAAUAAUAACCACUAUUUAUAAUGAUAUUUUUGUCCAAUAUAUCAUAUUUGUCACUCAAAAGAAUAAUGUGCACACAUAUUUGUUGUAUCAUAUAUCAUGUUCUAAAUUGCCAGGAAGAAUAAUGUGCAUAUAU